CUAUCUUCUUUGUGUUACUUCAACAUCCAUCAAUUGAGGCUUCUUCUCUCACUCUCUCACUCUCUAACUCUCUCUGAAAUUCUCAGAACCUUCAUCACAAUAUGGCAACCACUCUAUCAACCUCAACCCUCACCCUUCGUUCCCCUUCCUCUUAUCCUACACCCUCCUCUUAUCUUACGCACUCCCCCACCAAACCCUCCCUCCAGUUUCCCUUCUCUCCCCCCAACCACCUCGCCUUAUCCCACCGCGCCACCCACCUCCGCCCCCUCGCCGCCGUUGCCGCCCCCGAGAAAAUUGAGAAACUCGGCGCCGAAAUCGCCGGCCUCACCCUUGAGGAGGCUAAGACCCUCGUCGACUUCCUUCAGGACAAGCUCGGCGUGUCCGCCGCCGCCUUCGCCCCAGCCGCCGUGGCAGCCUCUCCCGCCGGCGCCGUCGCAGACGCCCCAGCCGCGGUGGAGGAGAAGACGGAGUUCGACGUGGUUAUCGAGGAAGUCCCGAGCAACGUGAGAAUCGCGGUUAUCAAGGCAGUGAGAGCGAUGACGAGCCUGGCGCUGAAGGAAGCGAAGGAAUUGAUCGAAGGGUUGCCAAAGAAAUUCAAAGAAGGAAUUUCGAAGGACGAGGCUGAAGAUGCAAAGAAGCAGCUCGAAGAAGCUGGUGCCAAGAUCGCCAUUGUUUAGCAUCAUCAUGGUUUGUUUGUUGAGUAUAGUGUAAUGUUAUUUGUGUUUUUUUGUUUAUUUUUUAAUGGUUGGAUUUGAAUUGAAAUUGUAAUGAGGAAAAAAGAUUUUUUUAUUAUUAUUCUAUUUUAUUUUUCAUGCA